AUGUGCGAGCGCGCUGUCUCGCAGUUUCUGCGCUUGAACGUCGAAACGGCAUGGGGGCGGAUCGUUCGCAAGAUUGAUCACAUUCUGGACAUGCCCUCUCGGAAUCGGAAGAACAUUUGGGCCCACACGGAUUAUGGAAGAGAGUCCUCCAAGCCAAUCCAGCAAGUCGCCGAUAAAUCGUUUGGCGGGGACACUCUCAAGGCGCUGGAGCGUGAUUUCCAAUCGGCCUUCGACCUGGCACAGCGCAUCCGUACGGAGAACUUUGAGACAGAUGAGGAACGCAAGGAUUACCUUGCGACAGGUACUUCCGGAGUCCGGUAUGGGUGA